AUGACAAUCGAUUAUAACAUUAACCACAUAGCUAUUCUUGUAUGUGACACCCCCAUUGAAAACGUCACUGAAGUUUUUGGUGAUUUCGGUGAUAAUACUCAUGAUUUAUUAAAAAAUGGUCAAUCAAAUUUACCUUAUCCAGUAAUUAAAUAUCAAGUUUGUAUAGAGGAUAAUAAAAAUUCUAAAGAAAUCACUCAAUUAAAACAAGCUUAUGAUCAAUUAAGAUCAGGUAUAGUGGUUGGCCAUAUCAAAGGGAUCAUUUUAACUGGUUCAAGAGCUGAUUCAUUUGCUGAAAAUAUCUUAUGGAUCACCCUUUUAGAUGAUUUUAUAACCCUGGUAUUACUUGAUCUUCAAAAUUUCCCUAUUGUUGGUAUUUGUUUUGGUCAUCAAAUCUUAGCUAAGAAUUUAAAUUGUAAAGUUGGGAGAAAUUUACCUGAAAAAGGUUGGGAAUGUGGUACUACUGUCAUACAAUUAAAUAAAGAUAUUUAUACCAUUGAAAAUUCUCCAUUUAAAAAUCCUUUGAAAAUCGCUGAUGGUUCAUAUCUUGAUGAACUUAAUUUAGUUGAAUUCCAUAGAGAUAUAGUAUAUGGUAUACCUCCUCCUUCUUCGUCAGCUAAAUUCAUUACUAUCGGUUCAACUUCAAAAUGUUCUAUUCAAGGUUUAAUAACUGAAUCAGGUCCUUUGAAAGUAUUAACUUUUCAAGGUCAUCCUGAAUUCACUACUCCAAUCGCAAAAGAAUUAUUAAAAAGUGAUUUAAAGAAUAACUGCUUUUCUGAAGAAGAUUUUGAAGAAUUUUAUCAUAGUACUGAGAAUUUAGAUAAUCAAGGUCAAUUAUUCGGUGAUGUUAUUAAUGAAUUCCUUAAUAUCCAUUGUGAUACUCAACAAGAAUAA